AUGGUGCGGUGGAGGUGUGCCGUGGUGCUGGCCAUGCUGCUGCUCAUGCCGGCGAGGACCGGCUCUAAGCUCGAAGAGGACGAAGGAGAGGAGGAAAGAGGUGAAGAAAGCGAAGAAGAUGACGAUGAAGAUGAGGAAGAAGAAGACGAGGAAAGUGGAGCGUCAGUUGUUAAGGACGAGAGAGUGACGGUGGUUCGGCGGCCGCCCAUUGUACCAACUGCGAAGACACUUUCGGUCACAAGAACUGUGAAAAAACGACCUUUGGAAUGUUAUGUUUGCGCGUACAAGUCUGAGACACCUCUUAGAGCGUGUUUGGAUCCUACUAAAUACAGAGUACACACAAUAACUUGUCACAGCGCAGAGGACAGAUGUUUUACUUCAGUAAUAUCGAAGGGAAAUUCUUAUGAGGCGGUGGUCCGUGGCUGUCGGUCCGGCUGUGUAGGAUCGCCGGAGACGACCUGCUGCGAGUUGAAUCGCUGCAACAAUCAGGCUUUCGCGAUGCCGAUCAUAUCACCUCGGUCGCUUACCGCCGCGGACAAAGCGAAUAAGACACUACCGAACACAAUAUUAUUUUUCGUCACUAUAUUGUUAGUCCUCCAGACUGUAGUCAAAGUCGCUUUUGUCUAA